AUGCCUAAGAAAGACUUGACAAAGAAAACUUCUACCAUGUCCACCAUGCCCGAGGGCUUCACCAGCGAGGACUUGGAGAAUAAUAACAAUAAUAAUAAUAGCAAUGGUAAUGAUGACUUCGACGAAGUUCCCUUGUCUCACAACAAUCACAGUGACAAGAAGAAGAAGAAGAAACUCUAUGAGGAGGAGGAUGAAACAUCUGAAACAGCAUCCGAUUCGAACAACAAACCAUCCAAGUUCUCUGCCGCUUGGACUAACGCGUUGGUCCAAAUUCGCAAACCCAUUUCCAGAAUGGUCUGUUGGAUGGGUGACUCGGCUGCCGCCCAUCCCAAAAUGACCAUCGCCAUUGGAAUCGUCUUGGCCUUUGAAUUGGCCAUUAUUGGUGUCCUCACUAAUUUUUAUUUGGAAAUUGAUGGAGAUGUCUUGUGGACUCCCACACCCUCUCGAGUGCUGAGCCAUGGAGAUUACGUGGCCAACCAAGCGGGCUUUCCCUCUCCCCCUCGCUGGUCUCGCUUUACGGUGCAUGCCGAUGGAGGCAAUGUCUUGAGCGAUCCGGAAGAAGGCCUUCGCCGAGUCUUUACUCUCCUCGAAACCGUGACUAGCACUCCUGGAUAUGCCGAUGUGUGCAAGGAAGCGACCGUUACCAUGAAGGAUAACGAGAAUGGCGGAACUACUUGCGGGAUCGCUUCCAUUACCAAAUUCUAUGACUACUCUUUGACCAAUUUUGAAUCCAAGCUCAACAACAACAACAACAACAACAACAACAACGUGUUGACUCAAAUCAGUCAGCCGACCUAUCCAGAUGGAACUCCCGUGGAAGUCAAGGAGAUUAUGGGAAAUCCCCAAUACGAAAAUGAAUUGCUGACCUAUGCCCAGCUCCUAAUCAUGACCAUUGACUUUCCCGAAACCGACGCUGCCUUUGAAUUCGAAGACAUCAUGUUGGAUCGUGUGCUGGCACUCCAGGAACAAUGGCUAUCGGAACCAAAUAAUCCAUACCGCCUCGAAGCCUUUGCCGAACGAUCCUUUGAUGACGAGUUUAGUCGAGCCAUUGUGAACGACAUUCCAUUGGUCCCCAUGAUAUUUUUCGUCAUGAGCAUUUUUACCGGUCUCGUUUUCUUUCGCAAGAAUUGGAUUCAUUCGCGUUGCUUGCUUGGAUUCGGGGCCGUGUGUUCCAUCUUUUUGAGCAUCAUGGUCGGUUAUGGUAUCAUGUUUAUCAUUGGGGUCCCAUUCACAUCCAUGACCCAAAUUGUACCAUUCAUCAUGUUUGGUAUUGGAUUGGACGAUGCCUUUAUCAUUUGGGGCGCCUACCAACGCAUGGAUCGAUCCAUUCCAGCGGUGGAUCGAGUGCACGAUACCAUGGAAGAAGUGGGAGUCUCCAUCUUUGUCACCACCUUCACGUCUGUGGUAGCCUUUGGGUUGGGAGGGUUGUCCAAGGUUCCUGCCGUCUACUGGUUGUGCGCCUACGCGGCUCCAACGAUUCUCAUUGAUUUCAUCUAUCAGACGACGUUCUUUGUCGCCUUGAUUAUCUUGGAUGAGCAACGGGUGGAAGCCAAGAAGCGUGAUUGCUUCACUUGCCUCAAGGCUCCCCAACAACAAGAAGGAGAAGAUCAAGACGACCAAGCUCCCGAGAUACCCGUGGUCGAUCGUUUCAUGGUCUGGUACAGUGAUUUCUUAAUGAAACCGAUCGUCAAGGUGAUUGUCUUGGCCAUUUUCUUUGGAAUCUUUGGUGGAUUGUCCUACAGUGCUUCCUUGUUGAAGCAAGAGUUUUACUUCACCGAUGUACUUCCGUCGGAUUCGUAUGUGGCCGACUUUUGGGACAAAUAUCAAGUCUACACAGGUGGAUCCGGUGUGGCUCCCUAUGUGGUCUUUCGAGACAUUGAUCAAAGUGAUCCAGCCAUUCAAGCCCAAAUGGAUACCUACGUCAAUGACAUUGUGGCCAUGGACGAAAUCAGUUCCCAACCAGAUUUCUUUUGGGUCCGGGAUUUCCAAGCAUUCUUGACUUCUACCCAGACCAUGUCGUCCUUGGUUGCUGGCUUUCCAAAAGACAGUCCUGCCUAUGUGACCUACAGUGGGUCACCAUCUACAAUUGCUGACACCAUGGGCAAUUUGGCCUUUGAACAACAAUUGGAUGUCUUUUUGACAGUUCCAUCCUUUGACAAAUUGUACAGCAAAAAUAUCGUUCGCAAUCAAGCUGGAAAUGUGACUGUGUCUAGAACUCGAGUGCGAAUGGACCGGGUCAACCAACGCAGCGUCGAUUCUCUGGUCGACACCUUGGAGACUCAACGAGUCAUUACCGAGAAUACUUCCAUCAAUAAUGGAGUGGAUCCGGACAAUUGGAAGUUCUUUACCUUUGACGAGUUAUUUUACAUUUGGCAAUUCUAUACCGAAUCCCCUUCCGAGUUGGUAUUGAGCACCAUUUUGGGAGUGAGUGCGGUUUCCAUCAUUUCCUUGAUAUUCAUUCCACAUUGGAGUUCGGUCCUCUUUGUGGCUCCCAUCAUCUCCAUCUUGUAUGUGGACUUGCUGGGCUUUUUGCAGCUGUGUGGAGUCGCCAUCAACGCAGUCAGUUACAUUUCGUUGGUCAUGUCGAUUGGAUUGAUGGUCGACUUUUUGCUUCACAUCCUGCUAAGAUUCUUUGAAUCCAAAGAGACCACAAGAGAGGCCAAGGUGAAAGAUGUCUUGCAGACCAUGGGAGCAUCCAUCCUCGUUGGGGGCAUUUCGACAUUUUUGGGAGUUCUUCCAUUGGUAUUCUCGACAAGCACUGUAUUUAGCACCAUCUUCUACUGUUUCUUGGGCUUGGUCGUCUUGGGCAUCACCCACGGUUUGAUCUUUUUGCCCGUGGUGCUGUCUCUGCUGGGCCCAACUGUCGUCCUGGAGCUUCAAUAA